AGUGGGAAAAUCUUCGCUCUCCCCCUCCCAUGGCCAUGCGUGAAUCAGGCUGAGGGAACCUGAGGACACACACACACUCACACACAGUAAGGCUGAGAGACAGACCGGGAGCGUACUACUGGAUAACAAUCCCUCUCUUGACAGCGAGAAAGAGCUGCACACAGCGAUAUCGUCAUUAAAGGCAUUAGCAGCCAGGGAUCGACUCUGGUACAGAGCAUCGUGAGAUAAAUACAACCAUGCGUUCUCGUAGCAACAGUUUAGAGGAUGCAGCGAAAACCAGGCCAUCCCAACACAGAGCACGCUCCCGACAACGGAACUGUGGAAAGGCAUGGAAUAAAGAGACCUCCAAAGACACGGGUACUGUCCUGAGAAACCACAUGGGUGAAGGGCAUGCCCGCAGUGACAGGACAGGGGGAGUGUCCACAGGAAAGGGGAGGGACCUCUCACGAGAUGACCUCCUCUUCCUUCUCAGUAUGCUGGAGGGAGAGCUGCAGGCCAGAGACGAGGUGAUCACGGUGUUGAAGGCAGAGAAAAUCGACCUGGCUUUGCUGGAGGCCCAGUAUGGCUUUGUUACCCCACAGAAGGUUCUGCAGGCUCUGCAGAGAGACUCCAUACAGAGUAAAGGCAUCAAGUGGCAGGAAGACAUCUAUGAAAAACCAAUAGCUGAGUUGGACAGACUGGUGGAGAAGCAGUGGGAGACAUACCGGCGCAUGCUGGAGCAGCUGCUCCUGGUGGAGCAGGCCCACAAGCAGGCGCUGGGAAAGCUAGAGGAUGAGAAGCGGAACCACAGCGAGUUCAUGCAGAAGAGUGAUGAGUUCACCAACCUGCUGGAGCAGGAGCGCGAGCGAUUGAAAUUGCUGAUUGAUCAGGAAAAAGCCUACCAGGAGAGAAAGGAGGAAGAGAACAAUAGAAAAAUUUCUAAACUGAAGGAGGAGUUGACCAAGCUGAAGUCUUUUACACUCCUGCUUGUGGACGAACAGCAGCGCCUGACAGAGCAGCUGGCCCAACAGAGUGGGAAGGUCCAGGAGCUGACCACUGGUACUAAGCAGGCCCAGGAGGAGCUCAGUGGUGCUCUUUCCAGGGUGCAAGAGGAAGAACACAAAGUCUUCCAGCUGGAGGCAGAGCUACAGGCCCAGGCCUGUUACUUCCACCAAGAGCAGGAGGCCAUGACUGCCAAACUGACCAAUGAGGAUGCUCAAAACCGGCAGCUGAGGCAAAAGCUGGCUGCUCUCAGCCGGCAAUUGGAUGAGCUGGAGGAAACUAACAAAACCCUUCGUAGGGCAGAGGAAGAGCUCCAGGACCUCCGGGAUAAAAUCAGCAAUAGCGAGUGUGGAAACUCUAGCCUGAUGUCAGAGGUGGAGGAGCUGAGGAAGAGGGUGCUGGAGAUGGAAGGGAAGGAUGAGGAGCUGAUCAAGAUGGAGGACCAGUGCAGGGACCUCAACAAGAAGCUUGAGAAAGAGGCCUGGCAGGGCCAGAGCCUGAGAGCAGAGGUGGACAAGCUGAACUACAGGAUAAUGGAGCUGGAGAAACUGGAGGAUGCAUUUGGAAAGAGCAAACAGGAAUGCUGUGCUCUUAAAUGCAACCUGGAUAAGGAGAGAAACAUGACCAAACACCUCUCUGCUGAGCUGGAUGCCCUGAAGCUGAGAAUCAAAGAAAUGGAAGCCAUGGAGGAUCAGCUGGAAAACACAGAGACUAGCUUGAAGGAGGAGCUCACCAAGCUGAAGACUCUGACCGUCAUGCUGGUGGAUGAGAGGAAGACCAUGUCUGAGAAGAUCAAGUACCUAGAAGAAAAGCUCCAGAGCAGCACAAGCAAACUGCAGGUUGAACAGGAAAAGGUCACAUCUGUCACUGAAAAGCUCAUUGAGGAGAGCAAGAAAACCCUAAAGUCCAAGGCUGAGCUGGAGGAGAAAAUGUGCAGUGCUACUAAAGACAGGGAUGAGCUCAGGGCCAAGCUGAAAGCAGAGGAGGAGAGAAGCAGUGAUCUACAGUCCAAAGCCAACAUGAUGAAGAAGAGGCUACAAUCCCUGGAGGCUGUGGAGAGGGAAUUCCUACGGAACAAAACCAAAGAGGAGCAUAUCAAGCUGCCUGCUCUGAACCGCUUUCACCAGGAGGACAACAAGGUGGAAGAGCUGGCACAGGAGGUGGAAAGGUUGAGGCGGAAGCUUAAGGACAUGAAGGUAGUUGAGGAUGACUUAUUGAAGACUGAGGAUGAGUUUGAGUCCCUGGAGAAGCAGUACUCUAAUGAGAAAAAACAUGCCAAAGCACUCAUGGAGGAGCUGGAAAUAUCAAAGAAGGAGCUAUCUAAAUACCAGUCAGCAGAGAAGGAAGAGUCCAACCAGGAGCACAUGCUUUACAAGCGUCUGAAAGAGGAGGAGGCUAAGUCCAGCCAUCUGAGUCAGGAGGUAGAUGCCCUGAAAGAAAAGAUCCAUGAGUAUAUGGACACAGAGAAUUCCCUUUGUCGCAUGAAAACAGACCAUACCACACUGCAGAGGAAACUGACACAACAGGAAGUGAGGAACAAGGAGCUAGCCCGAGAGAUGGAGAACCUCAACAAGGAGUUAGAGAGGUACCGUCGGUUCAGCAAAAGCCUACGACUAGGCAUGAAUGGGAGACGCUUCUCUGACUUGCAUGUCUCCACAAAAGAGGUUCAAACAGAUCCAAUGGACAACCAGCCCCUUGACUACAAAAACCUGGUUCCUCUCGAACGGGCAGUGAUGAAUGGUAAACUGUAUGAGGAGAGUGAUUCAGAGAAUGACCCCAGUUACAACGAGGAGGCUCCCCUCACAAAAUAUAAUCCUUCAUUCAUUAACAAUGUGAACAAUCUGAACAACAAUGUCAAGAGAUCCAGAGUCCCUUUUCCAAAAGGUCAGCAGAAUGUCAAUGGUAAGGUAUUUCCCCAGGAACAGAACAGGAACCAAGGAGACGUGGUCCUAACACAGACCCCAGGUCACCCUCUACACAUCAAAGUGACCCCUGACCAUAGUCAAAACAUGGCUAUGCUGGAGAUCAUCAGCCCUACAGCAGAGAAUUCCCACUCUUACACCAGCACAGCUGUCAUCCCAACCAGUGGCGGAGGCCUCCCCAAGCAGCGAAUCACCAUCGUCCAGAAUGCCUCCAUCUCCCCACCAUCCAAAGCUAAGGGCUCUGCACCCUCAGAUGGAGUCUGCACACUUGAUAGAUCUGUGUCACCCCUCACCAUGGCGACCUACUCCCGGGCAAUGACCCCGGACUCCUCUGGGUCUAUAACUCCUGAUCGGGCUUUAUCACCCAUCCAGAUUAUGUCGGUCACCACUGGAGCUCCAGAUUCAGGGAGAUUCUUUUCAACAGAGCCCCGGGAAAUGGUAGGAGGUCAUGCAGUGGUCCGAGUGAUGCCAGAGAGGCAGAACAGCUGGCACCUGCAGAGAUCCAACAGCUCUAGCCCCAGUGUAAUCACUACUGAAGACAAUAAAAUCCACAUCCACUUAGGGAGCCCCUACAUUCAGACCACAAACAGCACGCUCCGAUCCCUGAGCCCAUGCCAUGCCCCUGGGCAAGAGCACAGAACUUCGCCUUUAACUAAUGGUACUCCUUCUAAAGGCAGAAACAAAAUCACCAGUAGCAUCACUAUAAAGCCUACUACUUCCCCAAUCCCAAGGCCUUCACAAAUUACAAUCCCCUUAGAAGCAUUCCGACAGUCUGGCCCAACGCGGAUCCCUAAACCUAAAUGCUAUGGCACAACCAAAGGGCCAAAUGGCGUGGGCAGUAUCAGGCAGUGCAGAGGCCAGCCACACACCUCUCUGCAAUCUACAAAGGACCCCAGUGUGAGAUGCACUGCCAGCAACCUCAACGUUGUGAAUCCCCCCACCAAAACAUGAGAAUUCUUACAGAUCUCACGGUUCUUAUUGUUUUGUGGUGCUAGGGGAGAAUCUAGUGACAUUUUAGUGAGUUACAUUUGGUUGUGUAUACAUGCAGUUGUAUUUCAAAUGUAUUUUCACUGCAUAUAGAAAGCUCUAUGUUAGUUGCCUGUGCACAGUAAAACAUCUGAUAAAUGAGGUACAGUGAUGUGAUGCAGGUGAAUCCUUAAUUGUCAGAAAUGGUGUAUAGUUUCAAGAUCUAGGCUCAGUAAGAAAAGUAUUUAUUUUCACACCAAAACACUAAGCAAGUUUCUAAACAAGAUUAAUAUUAUCAUGUGGAAUUUAAAUAAAAAGUGUUUCAUCAUUAUUUUGGAGUACAGACAUGCAUUUAUAGAAUAGUGAUUAUAUUUUUUUGAAAGAUAGCAAAAAGACAAAAAAUGAUGUUGAUGAUAUUCCUGUUGUUUCUUAUACACUUGUGGCUGUUUUUUAUUUUUCAUUCUGUGCAGGAUGAAACAACAGUAAACUUGAUAGUAAAUAAAAAUGUAUUUUUAUUGA